AUGGUAAAAAGACAUUUAAGUAUAACAUUAGAAAGUAAUAUUUAUCAGCAAGUAAAAGAAAAUAUUCCCACCGGACAGAUUAGUCCCUUAGUUAAUAAUCUUUUAAAAGAAUAUUUGAAGAAGAAAAAGAAAGAACAAUUAGCCGCUGAUUACCAAUCCACCGCCAGGAUAGAUUGCAACUACAAGCCUAAGAAAGGGAAAGAACGAGAAUUAGAAAUAGCCAGCAAGAUUAAAAAAAUCCGUCCGUCCUUGGUAGUUAGUAAUGAUGAGCAGAAUAAAUAUGAUGAAGAAAUAAUUGUCGCCCCAUUAACCAGUAAAGAAUUAGAGAAAAUUCGCUCUUAUGAAUUACUGAUUAAGCGAAAUAAAAAAAAUGGUCUAGAUGAGGAUAGCAAGAUUUUACUUAAUCGUUUACUAACCAUAGAAAAAGCCACCCGAUUAGGAGAAUAUAUUGGAGUAGUUGAACCUGAGAUGAUGAAAGAAGUCAAAGAAAGGUUGAAAUUAGUAUUGGACUUGGAGGAUUAA